CUUACUUCCGGGUAAACAUGGCUGAGGAGUUUGUAUUUGAUCCGACAAAGAACUAUGAUGAGGCUACAAUGGCACAAAUGCGGGCAAUGGAAAAGGAGAUAGUAGAGAACCAGAAUUUGAUCAGCGAUAGAGUAACUUUUGACAAUCUAAGUGAUGAUUAUGCAAAAGAGGAUGAAAUCUACAGGAAAAAAAUAGAAAAGGAUCUAAAAAACAGGUAUCAAUAUGUCAGAAAAACGAGAGGGGAUGGGAACUGCUUUUUUAGAGCGUUUGGAUUUGCCUGUCUGGAAAAACUGCUUACAGACAGAUCUGAUAUUGACAGAUUUACAGAUGUAGCUAGAAAGAGUAAGAAUGAGCUGGUUUCACUUGGCUUCCCAGAAUUCACCAUAGAAGACUUCCAUGAAACAUUCAUGGAAGUUGUUGGAAAAGUUGUGAAGCAGUGUUCGUUAGAAGAGCUUCUAGAAACAUUCAAUGACCAAGGGCUUUCAGACUACAUUGUUGUCUACUUAAGACUUAUGGUGUCGGGGUACCUGCAGAAAGAGGCGGAUUUCUACGGCAGUUUCCUGGAGGGAGACAGAACCAUGAAGGAGUUCUGUGGCCAGGAGGUUGAGCCCAUGGGUAAAGAGUCAGACCACAUCCACAUUAUAGCGCUCACAUCGAGCCUUGGUGUGCCCGUGCGGGUGGAGUACAUGGAUCGCGGCGACUCCUCUGCCUGCAACCACCACGACUUCCCGGAGGAUUCAGCACCCUUCAUCACACUGCUGUACAGACCUGGCCACUAUGACAUACUCUACUCCUGAUAUAUGCAUUGUUAUAUGGUCUUAUAAACAUGUUGAGAUUGUUUUCUCAUAUGUACAUGUGAAACAUGUACUUGUGAAAGUUGGUACCGUGUAGUAGCAGGCUUGUGGUAUACUCGGCUGGUCCAAAAGCAGUUAUUUAUUUUGUUAAAUAACUUUUGAGUUCAAAAUUUAAUUCACUUUGAUUUUCAUAUUACUAUUUGAAUUGUUAUUUGCUUUCCGUAAGUUGUGCCUUAGAAAACUUAAAAAAAGUUUUGAAUAUAUCUACUCAAAAUGUAAACUUUGUGUACUUCGUUGAAAAUGCCAGGUUCGGUGCAACAUUCAAGAUUGGUGUUUUACAAAAGAUCUUUUACAAUAAUUUCAAUUUAAGAAAUUUUAAUGCUUAAAAAUGUUUUGACUUUCAUAUACAUGUAUAUGAUAUCAGUCAUUAUUUAUUGAUGAUAAACAUAUUGAUUUAAUUAAAAGGUUUAAAAAACA